AUGGAUAUACUCGCCGACUAUGACGACUCGGACAAUGAGGGCGGAAAGCCCAUCCGCAAGGUCCUCCAGCCGCCCGUUGUCAAGCCCGACAGUGCCGCCACCGAGACAAUAACGAGUCUGCCCAUCAAAUCGACCGGAAUGGAGAUGGCGCCGGCUGUUCUCACGAAGAGCGCGAUCCAGACGAUCCCUGUGGCCGAUAUUUCGAAAAAGGAACUGAGUUACAAUCCGAAAUUUGAAGAACUCUUCCAGCCUGAGGCCGGCCCAUCAAAUCCGUUCAAGUCAGCCCGACAAGUCGCCCAGAAGAACACAUUGGCUGGAUACGUCGAGCCCGCUCACGUAAAUGCUUUCCAUUUUGAGCGCGAGAUCCGGUGUUUCGACACUCUCGGUUAUGCUCGAAAUCCGACUGCGGAUGGAAAUAAUGAUUUCGUCGGAGAGAAUAAAGCGGAAGCGAAGAAAAACGACGGCGCAUCCCUAUUCGACGUCAAGAAGACGGGCGGGCAAAAGCGCAAGCGAGUUUACAAUUAUGACGCGGGAGACGUGGAAGGAUAUACAGGUCCGUGGGCCAACUAUGUUGACCAAGUCUUGGUCUCCCAACCUGACGAGGCUCUGCAGAAGGAGAUGGACGAGAUCGUGAAAAAACGCCAAAAGAACAGCAAGAAAGGCAUGCGGAAGGCAAUGGAAGAACAAGGAAACGUCGAAGAGACUUCUACUUUCCACUUGAAAGAAUCGACGGAUUACCAAGGCCGCUCCUUCCUUCACGUGCCGACAUUUACUGGUGUCAACCUCAAAGAAGACUACAUACCGGAUCGUUGCUAUAUUCCAAAGAAACAAAUCCAUACCUACAAAGGGCACAACAAGGGUGUAAAUCAUGUCAAGUGGUUCCCUAAGAGCGCUCAUCUCUUCCUUUCAUGUGCGAUGGACUGCAAGGUGAAACUAUGGGAAGUCUACGGGAAGCAGAAUAUUGUCCGUACCUACAGCGGGCAUCGUAUGCCAGUCCGUGACAUCGCAUUCGAUUGGGAUGGCCAUGCUUUUGCCUCUGGCUCGUUUGAUCGAUUCAUCAAGUUGUGGGACACUGAAACUGGACAGGUAAAACAACGCCUUACCAAUGGGCACCCUCCCGUCUGCCUAAAGUUCCACCCAGACGAGGAUAAACGCUACAUGUUGAUGGGCGGAAUGCAGAACAAGAAAAUCGUCCAGUGGGACGUACGCAGUGGGGAUGUGGUGCAGGAAUACGAUCGUCACUUGGGCCCCGUAAACACCAUCACCUUUUUCGACAAAAAUCGUCGCUUCGUGUCGACGUCUGACGACAAGUCGCUCCGCAUCUGGGAAUGGGAAAUCCCGGUGGACACGAAGCUCAUCCAGAACGUCGGAUUGCAGUCGAUUCCUUCGAUGACCAAGAGCCCCACAGAUAAAUGGAUCAUCGGGCAGUCGAUGGACAACCGUAUCGUGCUCUUCCAAUUGAUCGACGACAAGCUUCGCUUUGCCCGUAAAAAGGCUUUUCGUGGCCACAACGCGGCCGGUUAUGCUUGUCAGAUUGAUUUUUCACCGGAUAUGAGUUUCGUGACCAGCGGUGAUGCUGACGGCAAGAUUUUCAUCUGGGAUUGGCGUACUCACAAAGUUGUGGCUAGAUGGAAGGCGCAUUCGCAGACGUGCAUCAGCGUACAAUGGCACCCACACGAGAAGAGCAAAAUGAUCUCGGCAAGCUGGGAUGGCGAUAUCAAAAUGUGGAAC